CAACCAGAUCUUCUGACUUACGGUCCGGAAUUUUCUUCCGGGAAAUCCAGUUAAUUUCUCGGAUAAAACUGGAAUGCCAGGUAUUAAUAUUUCAUUCAAAAACUACUUGCAUCUUCUGAAACUUUCGAUGUUUUUUAAAGAAAUAUGUAAUUACUUAUCAGCUAUUAAUCACUAAAGAAUAAAGUUUAUCACACCAUGUAACAAGGACUGUUUUAUAAGUCCUCCGUAUGCAAUUUUCAAUCAAUUUAAACUAAUAUCCUUUAACAGAUUAUCUAACAUUACUGAAACAUUUUAAAUGACAGUCAAGAAGAUGUCUGUGUUCAAUAUAAGCAUAGAGAACGUAAAUAUAACUUUGGAAACUGAAUCAGUUCACGACAUCCAUUUUAAAAAUGGCACACAUUAUGUGAGUGACUUGUAUGAAGUACCUUUACUGCUGAUUAUAAUCUUAUCUUGCUGUUACGGACUCAUUUCUGUGUUAAGCGUAGUUGGUAAUUUCUCAGUGAUUGUCAUAGUUGCUCUGAGCCGCCGCAUGCAAAAUGUCACAAACUAUUUCAUUGCAAACUUGGCUGUGGCAGACAUGAUCAUUGGUAUGUUUGUGAUCCCAUUCCAUUUUCAGGCUGCACUGUUGCAAAGAUGGGUCUUGCCCCCUUUUAUGUGUGCUUUUUGCCCUUUUGUUCAAGUCCUGUCUGUAAACGUCAGUGUCUUCUCCCUGGCUGCGAUUGCCCUGGACAGGUACAGGGCAGUGAUGCAUCCUCUAAAGGCAAAAACUACUAAACUAAGGGCAAAAUGGAUAGUCCUAUUCAUCUGGAUAUUCAGUGCUCUAAUCAGUGUUCCAUAUGCAGUUGCUCUAAGGGUUACCAUGGUAUUCGAUUCGGAUACUGGAACUGUUUCGAAACCUUUCUGCAACAAUGUUGGCAUCCCCGGGGAGACGUGGAAGAUCUACAAUCACAUUCUAGUAUUCCUUCAGUACAUCGUGCCACUGUUUCUCAUAUCUUUAGUGUACAUAGCAAUUGGUUUGAAGCUCAAAGCAACAAAGACACCAGGGAAUGGAGAAGAGGCAAGAGAUUAUGCUAUUUUAAAAAACAGAAAGAAGGUUAUACAUAUGAUGUUUAUAGUUGUGACGUUGUUCGCUGUGUGUUGGUUGCCUCUUCAACUUUAUAAUGCAUUUCAGGAAAUUAUGCCUCAGAUAAACAGGUACAGAUACAUCAAUGUUAUAUGGUUUUGCUGUCACUGGUUGGCUAUGAGUAACUCCUGUUAUAAUCCUUUUAUCUAUGCGAUUUAUAACGAAAAGUUCAACUCUGAAUUUCGGAAUAGAUUGGGACGCUGCAUCAAUAUAUUUCGCGAACCUCAACAAAAUGUUACCUCUAUUACAGACACAUUCUCUUCCAGAUAUGCUUAAAUGAGCUUCACUAAAUUUCACGAAUAUCAUUCGUAAAUUAAUUUUUUUUAUUAAUUCUGCUUUUAUGAAUGUAUGUAUACAUGGAUGUAUGUUAAUAAAUAUAUGUAUACUACUGUUGUUAUAUGUAAUGUUGACUAUUGAUAAAAUGCAUGACAGUCCUAAAAAUGUGAAAUAAAAAAUCCUUUAACUGUGUA